GUCAAACGAGGCUGAACCACAAAGUGAAAGGAUUUUCUUAGCUUGUGAGAUUUGCCACUUGGACUGGACUAUAGGGAGACUGGAAUCAAAUUGUGUGAACCUUUUCCUGUGAAGAGACCACUGUUUCUCAGAACCCCCUGUUUGUUUUUCUACGAAGGAGAAAGGCCUUAACAUGGCAUUGGUCUUCAGCUUGUCCACUCAUGUUUCUCAUCACUGGGACUGAGACAUGCAAAAGUCUAAGUCAGGGCCCAGAGUUGAAGCAGGUCAUCCAGGUGGACUCUGGGAAGGAUGCAGUCCUAGAGUGCUCUGUGAACUUCAAUGGGAUAUCUCCUGGUAAUGUAAACAUAGAGAAGGUCGUGUGGUGGAGGCUGGACCAGAAUGGUCUUCACAAAGGUGAACCUGUGUUCAAAUGCAACAUGUUCAAUCAACAAUCCUUCAAUCCCAGGUUGCAGCUGAACCCAAAAUAUCAGCUUCCCAUUCCACCUGCCAAUGAGAAAGACAAAGUUGUGUCCCUGUUGGUAAAAGAAACCCAGCCUGAAGACGAGGGUCCGUAUGAGUGUGUGGUGAACACUGACAGUGGAAUCACAAAUUGUAACUUCAUGCUGAAUGUCACAGGUAACCUCACAGGUCAGCUCACAGGUAACCUCACAGGUAACCUCACAGGUCAGCUCACAGGUAACCUCACAGGUCAGCUCACAGGUCAGCUCACAGGUCAGCUCACAGUUAACCUCACAGGUCAGCUCACAGUACGAGACCAGCACCAGGUUCCUGGAAAUGUUGCGGAUAAACAGGAAAUUCCAAAGAACAGUUACAUGAGUGUGGCUGCUGUAUGUGUGGUAGUAGGCUCUCUUGCCAUUGGACUGCUGCUUCUCAAGCUGUUUCAAGCCAGAAGACUCAGACAAGAGGACUCUGUUGUGCCAGAAGGUAUGUUUGAGUAUGUUAUUUGUCUACCUAAUGGAAGAGGAUUCCUGUCCAAACUAUCAGAGUGUAUCAAAUGUCUGUAAAAUGCACUUUAUAAAAUGUCUCACCAACCACCAGGAGGCCCAGCACAAGAACACUAGGCUACCCUGGGGCGGCAGGGUAGCCUAGUGGUUAGAGCGUUGGACUAGUAACUGGAAGGUUGCAAGUUCAAAACCUCCGAGCUGACAAGGUACAAAUCUGUCGUUCUGCCCCUGAACAGGCAGUUAACCCACUGUUCUUAGGCCGUCAUUGAAAAUAAGAAUUUGUUGACUUUCCUAGUUAAAUAAAGGUAAAAAAUUACAUGUAUUUUUAAAUUCCGGGCAUUCCCGUGGUUGGCAGGCUGCAUCACAUCCCGCUGUGAUUGGUAGUCCCAUAGGGCGGCGCACAAUUGGCCCAGCGUCGUCCGGGGUAGGCAGUCAUUGUAAAUACGAAUUUGUUCUUAACUGACUUGCCUAGUUAAAUUGAAAAAAUAAGUGUUCCUAUUGUCCCCUAUGGAACCAGAGCCUCAGGAUACAGCAGUCCCAGCAGAGCACAACCCCAGCACCAGGACAGGACCGUUUCCGUAGCGACAGAUGUAUUAUCAGGGGUGCCAUGGGCUCUCUUCUCUGUCGUUGCCAUGUCUGCUCUGUCUCUCAUGUCACAUCGCUAACUGAAUGUGAAUGCUUUGCCUGGAGGAGGGAGCAAUCUGGCUCAACACUAUUCUGUUCCCCCUCUGCAGGAGAAAUGGAGUGCACGCAUUGUCUUGCUACCAAGCUAAUUGUUAGCAGCAUUGUCUGUAGUUGUUAAUCACACCAGCCUAUUCUUUCAUAAUUGUUUUAUAUAUUGUAACUAAAACCUGAUAUGAAACAAAUGCACAUAUUUAGUGGACAUUGAUUUGACAGUGAAGACACUAGUGUGAUACAGUAGCAGUGUGUGAAUUUGAUCUCGACAGAACACAUUUACUUUGUGCAUCACAAUUUGAAUAAGUAAUUUAUUCAGAAGCCAAUAUUGUGUUUUAGUUAAUUUGAGAGUUGCUUUAGUUGACAAAUGCAUGUUUUUUAUUGUUACAAAGUGGGAUUCAAAUGUAUUUAAUUGUCAUUUUUUUAAAACAAUCUACAUAAAAUACUCUGCCAAAGUGGAAGAAAAAAUAACACAAAAAAAGUGUAGCGACCCAAACAGCUGUGUUAUGUAUUAUGCUGUUGGUUGUGUUGUACUUACCAGUACGCAGUGUUCGCAGGGUCCCACAUGCCAGUCAAUCUGCUAUUGUGUCCUUUACCAUUUGUACAUUGUUAAAACACUGUAUAUAUAUAAUAUGACUUUUGUAAUAUCUUUAUUGUUUUGAAACUUCUGUAUGUGUGAUGUUUACUGUUAAUUUUUAUCGUUUAUUUCACUUUAUAUAUUCACUUUAUAUAUGAUCUACCUCACUUGCUUUGGCAAUGUUAACACAUGUUUCCCAUGCCAAUAAAGCCCUUGAAUUGAAUUGGUCACAGUUGUUUGUAUGGAUAUCCUUCAUUUAUUUGGCGUGGGCUAUGGCCGAACAGUAGCCUGUGUGGAGUUGGGUUAAUAA